AUGGCAUAUGAUAAAAAUUCUGUAAUUGAAAUUCCUCUUUUAGUUGGGGAAAGACAAAAACCUAGUGGAAAUGCUGGCAAAGCUGUAACAGAAGAAAUCCGUCGAGCAAUAACAAAUGGAAGUGUACCGCCACCUGAUGAACUGGAAAGAGACAGUAGUCAGGAGAAUUCACCAGUUGGAGGUUCAACACUGCAUGACACAGAGGUAGAACGUGUUGGUUUUCCUUCUGAAGCAGACAGCUUCCGACUGUCUCGCCUCAUUGGGUCAUAUGGAGGCGGCAACCCUAGUGAAGAGAAAGAACGCGUUUGUGUUAAGAGGGUUAGUAGUCGGCCAUAUCGAGAUUCAGACAGUGACUCAAGCUCUUCCAUAGCCACCUCACCAAUACUUUCUGCUGCCAAAAAAUCUGGGAACAUAUCAACAUCAUCUCUGUCCACACAAGACAAAACUAUUGAAGGAGACAUGGGGGUUGAACAGAAUGGCCACAAAAAACUUUCUCCAGUGUCAAAUUUUGCACAAGAAAAGCAACCAAGCAAUAAUAUGGCUGGAAGCUCAUCUAAUAGUAAUGAAAUUGAACAAAGCAGCCCAAAAUUUUCAUCACCAGGCUUAUCACUCCAGGUUGACUCUAAACCACGACUUUUAGAUCUGGCAAAAUCUAGUCCAUCUUCUCCAAAAAAUAUGUCACUAUCCAUUGAUGGUAGCCACUCUGCACUAACUACACAAAACAUUUCUGCCUCAAUUGACAGUGGUAAAAUUCCAACGUCUUAUCAAGCAGAUACUGGAUCAGAACAAGAAUUGUUUCCUUUAAGUCCAUCUUCUGUGUCCAGGAAUAUACCCUCAUCAGAUGGGUCAGACAAUGAACAGCCGAUUGAUUCCUAUUUUGUCACGGAUCUUCCAUCAAAAGAUGAUGUCUUACAAACAAAGAAAACAGAAAGUGAAUCUGUCAAACCUUUAGGCCUGGUAGGUAAGGAGGAUGGUGAUGUACUUACCUUUACUGGAGAGAAGCAGCAAGUUCAUUCUGACCAAUUUGGUGAAUCUGAUAAGUCUAAACAUUCUACAAUGUCUGUGCAAAAAGAAUCUGACAGUCUCUUUUCUGCAAACAGGAGAGAUGUUAAAUUUUCUCCUGGCAAAACUUUAGACAUUACAAUGAAAAAAACUGAAGAGUCUUACAUAAAUGGAUUCAGUGAAGAAAAGCUUCAAUCAAUACAGAAGCCAAGGGUUCCUUUCCAAAGUACUCUGUCAGCUGACAGUUCCAGAAAGAAGAUGUUUGAGCAAUCCCCAUUUACUGAAGAUGAUAAAGCAACAAAAAUAAUCAAACAGCCCAGUAAACGGACAGUUGACCUUCGUAAUAACGAAGUUCAAGAAGAAAAAGUUGCAUUUGUCCAAAAAUCUAGAUUUCCAUCUGAUGUCAAUAUACCAAGUCAACUUCCAACAAAAGUUUUCUAUGAUAAAGAAGAUAAAGACAACAUAGAGGAGCUUGUUGCCCCCAAAAUAACAUCAACACAUGAAACUGAACGAAAAGUUGUAAAGAAAUCCCAACAGACAGAUGACCAAGCACGUUCUGAUUCAAAAGAUCCAUCAACCAAAUUGUCAACAAAAAUCCUACAUGAUACUGAUAAAAAAGUUGCAUUUGUCCAAAAAUCUAGAUUUCCAUCUGAUGUCAAUAUACCAAGUCAACUUCCAACAAAAGUUUUCUAUGAUAAAGAAGAUAAAGACAACAUAGAGGAGCUUGUUGCCCCCAAAAUAACAUCAACACAUGAAACUGAACGAAAAGUUGUAAAGAAAUCCCAACAGACAGAUGACCAAGCACGUUCUGAUUCAAAAGAUCCAUCAACCAAAUUGUCAACAAAAAUCCUACAUGAUACUGAUAGUAAAGACAAAUUUCUUAAAAAACCAGUGAAAGAAACUAGCGAAGAAAAAAAUGGGGUUGCUGAGAAACAACAGUUUCUAUCCCCAUCUGUUCAAUCAAGUAGUAGUGAACAUAGUGAUAAAAGCUCCUCUCAGAAAAUUGGUGGGAAAAUUACCAACAAACAGCCUCCAAGGGAAGAUGAUUCAUUUAAUCCCUUUGAUAAAUACUACAGAAUUAAAAAGGACAUCAAAGUAUCUCCCAGUAUUACAGAUGGCUCUGAAAAAGUUUCAACAGUAAAUUUAGGAAAGUCAAGAGUUGAUGGCAUGCCUGAAGAAAAACUUGAGGCAACAGAUAAACCAAGGCUUCCUUUCCAAGCUAUUCCUUCCGUUCACAACAACAGAAGAAAAAUCUUUGAGCAAUCUCCAUUUACUGAAGAUGAUGAUAAAGCUAGAAAAAUGGUCAAGCAACUCCCUAAACAGAAUAACGAAAUAGAAGAGGAAAAAGUUGCAUUUAUCCAAAAAUCUAGAUUUCCAUCUAUCAAGAAAUCAAAUCAACUUUCAACUGAUAGGGAGAGUAAGGAUGAUGCUCAAGACAAGAAAGCUGUCCCUCAAAUUUCAAAAGUUGAUAAACCAAAAGAUGAACUGAGAGAUAAAAAAUCAUACUCUCUCACAAAAGACCCAGUCCUACAUGAUACUGACAGUAAAGACAAAUUUCUUAAAAAACCAGUGAAAGAUACUAGAGAAGAAAAAAUAGGGUCUGCUGAGAAACAACAGUUUCUAUCCCCAUCUGUUCAAUCAAGUGAUAGUCAACAUAGUGAUAAAAGUUCCUCUCAGAAAAUUGGUGGGAAAAUUACCAACAAACAGCCUCCAAGGGAAGAUGAUUCAUUUAAUCCCUUUGAUAAAUACUACAGAAUUAAAAAGGACAUAAAAGUAUCUCCCAGUAAUACAGAUGGCUCUGAAAAAGUUUCAACAGUAAAUGUAGAAAAGUCUAGAGAUGAUGAAAUGCCUGAAGAAAAACUUGAGGCAACAGACAAGCCAAGGCUUCCUUUCCAAAAUGCUUCUUCAUUUGUCAGUUCCAGAAGAAAAAUGUUUGAAAAAUCUUCACUUACUGAAGAUGAUGAUAAAGCUAGGAAAAUGAUGAAGCAAACCCCUAAACAGACAGAUAAUAAGAAAGUACUAAAGGAUGAAAUUGGGACUACCAUAAAACCUAAAUUUCCAUCAGGAAUUUCCUCCCCUAAUUGGUCUUCUGUAAAGAAAGCAAAUGAACAAAUUGGGGAAAAUAUAAAAGCAACAACUCCUGUAAAAACAAGUGACACACCAGAUUAUACAUAUUUUAUUGACAGAUCUGAGUUAAAAAUUCAAAUCCAAGAAAAACAAAGAAUUGUAUUCUCAAGAAAGAAACCCAGUGACAGUGUAUCAAGGAAUUUACUUGAAAGAAGUAUUAAAGACUCCUCAGGUGAGAGAAAUUCUAAAUGUACACCAGCUAAGAGCUCUUCAGAGCAAGUAAAGAAUGUUAAAAAGAAGAAAAAUUCACAAAUAGAAACAGUUACAGUUGCAGGAAAAUCUAGAUUUUCAUUUAGAGGAGAAGUGCCACUUCAUCAUUCAAGUAAAGAUACUCCAGAGAAUCAAGUGGCUGAUGUGAAGGACGCUAAGUAUAAGCAAAUUUCAGAGUCUCAGGAAACAGAAAACAAUGGAAGUAGACAAGUUUCUGAUAAAGAUCAUACCAUUCAACAUAAACCACAAACAGAUUUUUACAAAACUAAUAUUCAAGACUUCCACUCAGAUUCUGGUAUCCAGUACCCUAAUUCUCAAAAGGAACCUACGUUUCUUGCCACGAAACCAAAAAGUGUUCACUCAGUUAAUAAUUCUAAAAGCCCUAUUCAAGACAAAAAAGAAAUAAUCUCCUCUGUUAAGGAAUCCCAGUUGGAUUCUUUUUCACAUAAAGAUGAAAUAUCACUAUCCUUGCCUUCACCUUCAAAUAACACUAACCAAGUCUCAAGAAUAAGAUCUGAACAGAAGGAUGUAUCUGAUCCUGAAAAAUAUAACAAUGAUAAACUUAGGUUAUUACCUGCAGCCAGUGAUAGUAGAAAGGUACCCAUCCAUCCUGAAUUAAUAUCAACUAAAUCAAGUCUUUUGUCAUCUACAAAUGAUUGGAUAGAUCAUACAGAAACUAAAUUACCACUUAGUUCUAGAGAAACCAUCAAAAGAAGUAAACCUAAAACUUCUAAUAAUUCUGGAGAUAUUUUAUCUAUAGGUCAUGUGGUCCCUUCUGAUGUAAGCUCUCACUUAGCAUCAAAACCAGUAACUGAUAAGCCUACAGUUAGUAGUUCCCUUUCUAAGCCUAUUACUGCAGCCCAAACCUCUCAGCAGACAUCUCUCUAUUGGAUAGAUCGAAAAGAGACAUUCUUUUCUGCUGAGCGCACAAAAGCAACAAGAAGCAAGCACAAAUCUGAAAAAGAUGACUCAAACGAGAAAAAAUCUACAUCUAAUGAUUAUAAGUCAUUUCCAGAGAAGUAUGCUGAAAAUAGACCAGGUAGAGUUGAUCAAAGUCCUCCUAGACAUUCCCAAUCAGAUAAUAAAGUAAAGAAAUUCUCAAGUAGUAAUCAUUCUGAAGUAAAGAAAUUUGGAACUUGUGAAGCUAUGCAAAAAUCUGGUUUGAUAACCACCCCAGUUAAGGAAAUAACUUGCAAAGCUCCAUUAAAAAUAAAUGUUGAUUAUAAGAGUGAAACAACUGUAGAUUGUCCCAAAGAUGUUGUAUCAAAACCUCACUGUGAAUCUGAUAAAUCAACUGCUAACAUAUCCAAUGUUCAUGUUGAUAAACAAAUUGAUAAGAAGAAUAUACCAACUUAUGAAAAUGUAGGGGUGUUCAGUAGUGAACCUGAUAUGAAACUGAAUUUAGAAAAUGAAACAUCUGGAACCAUAUCUGCUGAUAAGCAUGUGGCAAAUUUGGCUUCUCAAAAAACAAAAGAUGGACCAGAUGAAAAUAUAUCUUCUGACAAACUUGUAACAAACAAGACUCCUCCAAAAUCAAAAGAAACAACUUUUGGCCCGGAUAUAAAGAUACCAGAUAAUAAAUAUGUGGCAGAAGUUACUUCUCCAAAAACAAAAGAAACAACAUUUGGUCCAGACACAAAGGUAUCAGCUGAUAGACAUGUGGCAAAUUUGGCUUCUCCAAAAACAAAAGAGACAAUGUUUGGGCCAGAUGAGGAUAUAUCAGAGAAUAGACAUGUGGCAAAAGAGACAACAUUUGGUCCAGAUGAAAAGGUGCUAACUGAUAAGUAUGUGGAAAAUUUGGCUUCUCCAAAAAGAAAAGAGACAUUUAGUUCAGAAGAAAACAUGUCUGCUGAUAAACAUGUGGCAAAUUUAGUUUCUCCAAAAUCAAAAGAGACAACAUUUGGCUCAGAAGAAAACAUGUCUGCUGAUAAACAUGUGGUAAAUUUAGUUUCUCCAAAAUCAAAAGAGACAACAUUUGGUUCAGAAGAAAACAUGUCUGCUGAUAAACAUGUGGCAAAUUUAGUUUCUCCAAAAUCAAAAGAGACAACAUUUGGUUCACAAGAAAACAUAUCAGUUGGCAAACAUGUGGUAAAUUUGGCUUCUCCAAAAUCAAAAGAGACAACAUUUGGUUCAGAAGGAAACAUAUCAGCUGACAAACAUGUGGCAAAUUUAGUUUCUCCAAAAUCAAAAGAGACAACAUUUGGUUCAGAAGAAAACAUAACUGCUGUCAAACUUGAUGCAAAUUUGAAUUCUCCAGAAACAAAAGUGACAACAUUUGGGCCAGAUAAAAGUAUAACAAAAAAUAGAUAUGUGGCAAAAGAGACAACCUUUGAUCCAGAUAAAAAGACACAAAAUGAUAAACAUGUGGUACAUGUGGUUUCUCCAAAAACAAAAGAGACAACAUUUGGCUCAGAAGAAAACAUAUCUGCUGUGAAACAGUUAGCAAAAUUGACGUUACCCAAAACAAAAGAAUCAACAUUUGGUCCUAAAGUGACCUCUUCAAAAACAAAAGAAACUACAUUUGGUUCAGAAGAAAAGGUACCAGCUGAUAAACAUGUAACAAAACUGAAUGCUCCAAAAAGAAAUGAGACAGAAUUUGGUUCUGAAGAAAAUAUAUCAGAGGAUAAACAUGUGGCAAAAGGGACAACCAUUAGCCUACACACAAAAAAAUCACCUGAACAACAUGUAGCGAGUUUGGCUACUCCAGAAAGAAAGACAGCAUUUGGCUCAAAAGAAAACAUAUCUGCUGUUAAACAGUUAGCAAAAAUGACGAUAUACAAAGCGAAAGAAUCAACAUUUAGUCCUGACAAAAACAUAUCUGCUGAUAAACAUGUGGCAAAUUUGGUUUCUCCAAAAUCAAAGGAGACAACAUUUGGUUCAGAAGAAAACAUGUCAGAUGAUAAACAUGUGGCAAACUUGGCUUUUCCAAAAUCAAAUGAGACAACAUUUGGUUCGGAAGAAAAUAUACGAGCUGACAAACAUGUGGCAAAGUUGGCUUCUCUAAAAAGAAAUGAGACAACAUUUGGUUCAGAAGAAAACAUAUCAGCUGAUAAACAUGUCGUAAACUUGGCUUCUCCAAAUAGAAGAGAGACAACAUUUGGUUCAGACGAAAACGUAUCAGCUGAUAAACAUGUGGCAAAUUUAGCUUCUCCAAGAUCAAAAGAAACAACGUUUGGUUCAGAAGAAAACAUAUCAGCUGAUAAACAUGUGGCAAACUUGGCUUCUCCAAAAAGAAGAGAGACAACAUUUGGUUCAGAAGAAAAUAUAUCAGCUGACAAACAUGUGGCAAAUUUGGCUUCUCCAAAAUCAAAAGAAACAACGUUUGGUUCAGAAGAGAACAUAUCAGUUGACAAACAUGUGGCAAAUUUGGUUUCUCCAAAAUCAAAGGAGACAGCAUUUGGUUCAGAAGAAAUCACAUCAGCUGGCAAACAUGUGGCAAAUUUAGCUUCUCCAAAAUCAAAGGAGACAACAUUUGGUUCAGAAGAGAACAUAUCAGCUGACAAACAUGUGGCAAAUUUGGCUUCUCCAAAAAGAAGAGAGACAACGUUUGGUUCAGAAGAAAAUAUAUCAGCUGAUAAACAUAUGGUAAACUUGGCUUCUCCAAAAAGAAGAGAGACAACAUUUGGUUCAGAAGAAAACAUAUCAGCUGGCAAACAUGUGGCAAGUUUGGCUUCUCCAAAAUCAAAAGAGACGACAUUUGGUUCAGAAGGAAACAUAUCAGCUGACAAACAUGUGGCAAAUUUGGUUUCUCCAAAAUCAAAAGAGGCAGUUAGUUCAGAAGUAAGCGUAUCUGCUGAUAAUAAAAUAUUGCCAAAAAAAAUGGGGAAAGAAUUAGAUAAACUAAGUAGUUCUUCACUUGAUGUCCACUCUACAAUGACCAGUAAUAAACUGGAACUAAGUAUUGAUGAUAAAAAGGAGAACAGUGAUACAACUUUGGUCCUUAGUAAACCUGAGGAUGAAGCUGUUCACUGGAUUGACAGAAAAGAAAACACAUUUUCUCCAAACUGUAAAGCAUCAUUGAAGAAAAAGAGACCUGUAAUUUCUCAGUCAUUUGAGGAAAAAUUAUCAUCAGGGUUUGGAUUACAACAUAAACCUUUAUCAACUACUUCUGUUUCGUUUGGAAAUAAAGUUUCUCAAUCAAAGAAUGAAUCUGAAGCAGUCAAUCUUAACUCUGUGUCAGAAGAUACACUCUCUAGUAGUAAAAUAAUACCAAGAUUCAGUUCAUGGAUUGGUUUUAAGAAAAAUGAUUCUACCCCUGAAUCAGUUGGAAGUGCUAGCAUCAAGCAUAACCAGAAACAAUACUCCAUGCCAAUGAAGGAAGAUAAAAACUUAGAUGUUAAGGAUUUAGCACAAACAAAAAAUACCAUAAAACAAUUUAAUGAUGUGGUUGGAGUAAAUAAAAACUUACCUCCUGCACCAUCUAUGACCACUGAUGUUUCAGAGCCAUUGCUAGAUUAUUGGGUUGAAAGGAAGGAAUCUUUUCUUUCUGAUUCCAAAACAAAUUCUGGACAUUGGAUAUAUACAUACACAAGACCACAGUUAUUUGCUAAAAACGACAAUAAUAUAAAAACUUCUGGGAGAAGUGAAAAGUCUAAUGAAUUUGUUAAGUAUGAAUCUAGCUAUGGGAAUAAACUGGAAACUCACAAUACAGCUGAUUUUCCUAUAAAGGAAAACAAUCUUCAGCAAAAAAGUAUUGAAGACACAUAUUUGAAUAAAAAAGCUGGAUAUGGACUUGACAGUGUAAAUUCUAAUGAGGAUAUCUACCCUCUGGAGGAAGACGGUAUAAAAUUAAAAGUUGAAUUAGAAUUUAAUCAGGAUGUAACUAGAACAGAUACUCUGGAACCUGAUGAUCAAUCUUUUACUUUUGUCAAGGAAUAUACUUCUAUUGAACCUAAUAGUUCUCAGUCAGAAAAGUUCGGAAAACCAUCUAAAUCAGAUAGCAAUAACAAAAACUUGUCCAAAACAUCUGAGUCUGGAGUAUAUUUUGUUGAAAUGAAUUCUGAUGAUGAUAAAGAAUCAAAUAUCUCUGGUUAUCCUGUUGAAUAUAAUAAUGGCAUUAUAUCAUAUUCAUCAUAUCCCAAGCAUCAAAACCUGUCAUCAGAGCCUUAUGCAGAAUCAGACCCUUCUAAACAGUCAAGUUCUGAUCAUUAUGAUCCACAAAAACCUGCAAUAAAAUUGAGACAGUCUCAGAAAAAUUAUUCACCUCAUUUCACUGAAAGUGUAAAUGAAACUGAAAUUGAUUCACACUUUGAGAAUAAUUCGGAAACAGACACACUAUCUAAAUGGAAUGAUACUGAUAGUCCUGUCAAAGCAAAAUCUAUUACGUCAGAUUUUUCUCCUAGAGAAAGAAAUUAUCAAGACACCCCAUCAUUUUUAGAAUCAUGCUCAUCUCAAAGUCAUCCUGUUAGAGAAAUGUCUGCAAUUGCAAAUCUCCGUGAUAUGGUUCUCAAUGAUGAAAAAAUUGCAUAUCAACAAUUCCUAAAUAAUAAUACUUCUAGAAACUACAAACACUUAAAACAAUCUCCUGAAAAUCAAUAUUCAGCAAAAGCACUGAAUUAUCCUUUGUAUGAGGAUGACAAUAUCUUUAAACCCACAGAAUUAAGUGAUGCUUUUGAAUAUACUUCAUCUGCUUCUGAAAUGUUACCAAAUCCUGCUACACCCAACAGGAACAAAGCAAAAUAUAACACUCAACCAUCACAUUAA